CAACGACGUGUCAUAUAAGGCUUGUUUUGCAUUCUAAAAGUUUAUUUAUAUAAAUAAAAACUUGUAAUAUGACUGAAGAUGACGAUUUUCAUAUUGGACUUUAUGAAAACGGUCAUUGGGCAUGGAAUGAUAAUCUAGAACAAAUGAUAUAUGUAAGUCACCGGCAUCCUCAGGAGGAGGAAGAUACAUUAGAUUUUUAUAUGGCGCCGACUAGUCACAUGCAAUUUAGAGAAGAUGUUGAUCUUGUGGAACAGGACAUCAAAGAUAUUGUGAUAUACACUGCUCCAGUGAAUUUCUUGAGUUCUCGACUCAUUAACAUGUUACAUACACCUACAGGAGAAAGAUUUCUGAGAGCACUAGUUCUUUAUUGUGCUUACGCAUUACAGGUUACAGAUCAAAUGGUUUUACGUAAUCUGGAACUGGAAACAAAAAUCAGGACUACGGACAGUGGAAUACUGGAAGAUGAACUGCGUGAUAACUUAUCUGAUAUCCGAGUGUUAGUGGCUAAAGAAUACUGCGUUAUUCUUACUGGUGCGGAUGACAUGAAGCCAUUUCACCACAUGGGCCCAUUGAAGGAUAAACGCUCCCUACCCGGAAAAGAUGCUCGUACAUUUGAUAUAUUUAUACGUCUGUGUAUUCAAAUAGUUUAUUUGGCUCUUGGACGCAGAAAUUUACAUCAAAUUGAAAUAGAAACUCACCGUAUAUUAAAAUCGGAGGCCUUCAACGCAAAUGAGUCCAAAUCACGAGCACGAGCCAUGAAAGUCCAGGCCAGUCAAUCUAAAACACAACAAAAGCAGCCUGCGUUUAUACAAGAUGUCAUUUACGGCAAGUGCUUUCGUCGCCACCGAGGAGUCUUUACACAUUCACCGCUUUUGAACGAAAUCUUCUGUCCUGCUAGACCAGUAGACUACCGAAUGUUGGGCCUCGCAGUCACCAAGUAUCCUCAGUUGACUCCACGGCUAGAAUUCCUGCGAAUGGUCUUGGCUGGAUCCGAUAAAGACUUGGUGGAAAAUAAUAUAAUUGUGGGCAUCAUAGGUAUGCCACGCGACCUGUUCGACAUUAUGCUCAGGUUCUUACCACCUACUUCCACCAAUGACAAGUCAAAGUCUGGUGUAAUACCUAGGAUGAGCGCCGCCAAAGCUACGGCAUCGCGGGCAAGCAGUAUGUCCGCUAAGAAAUCUACACACGCGCCCACCUAUCCUGAAAUUGUGAUACCACCCAAGAGAGACGUCGAGUAUGAGUUUCAAUUUUACAAUUCACAGCAUUUGUUUCUAUCCGAUUAUAGUGUCGUGGUGGCCCGGAGGUUGAAGACGCCCGCUUCUCAUGCUUGA